UUGUUAGACCAUUCCUUAUGGUGGGCGGGACCUCCAUGGCUUCAGUCUAUGGAUCCGAUUGAGAAGACUUGUGGUCCACCAAUCAAAGAAAUUCCAACUGAUGAAGAGCGUCAGGUUGUUCUGAGUACCUUCACUUCAUUAAAUGCGUUCAGCAAAGAGUUUUUGGUGAGGAAAUUCAAAAUCUUCGAUCAAAUCGUCCUAUCACAAUGAAAUAUCUUCAGAAACUGAAUCUCUUCAUCGGAAAUGAUGAUAUUUUGCGUGUGGGUGGUCGAUUAUCGUUUUCUGGCCUUCAAUAUGACCAUAAACAUCCAGCGUUAUUGCCAGGUAACAAUAAAUUCACUGAUCUGCUCAUCAAGCAUUUCCAUCAAUUAUAUCUUCAUCCAGGUUCACAAACAUUACAAUUCCUUCUCUCUCGGCAGGUUUGGAUUUUAUCUGCAAGAAAGCAUAUUCGAAGAGUCACUUCAAAAUGCUUAACGUGCUUUCGUUCUAAUCCAAAACCCUUACAACCGAUGAUGGGCAAUCUUCCAUCUUGUCGCGUUAAUCAAUUGAAGCCUUUUCAAUGUGUGGGUGUCGAUUUUGGCGGUCCAUUUCGCAUUACCAUGUCCAGAGGUAGAGGUGCAAAGGUUCUCAAGGCAUAUCUCUGUCUUUUUGUGUGUUUCACGACCAAAGCACUGCAUCUGGAACUCGUUUCAGAUUUGUCUAGUGAAGCCUUUCUGGCUGCUCUGAAACGUUUUAUUGCUCGCAGAGGUAGAUGCAAUAGGUUAUUUAGUGACGGUGGUACUAAUUUCAAAGGUGCUCAACGAGAACUUCUCAAUAAUAUGAAGUACGCCGCAGAAGCUGAGAAGAUGGAUUGGGAUUUUAAUCCUCCUUCAGCUCCUCAUUUCGGAGGGUUGUGGGAAAUCGGAAUCAAAUCCGUUAAAACGCAUCUCUACAAGUUAGUUGGUGAUCAGGUGCUUACCUACGAAGAGUUGUAUACUGUGUUCGUUCAAAUAGAAGCGGUAUUAAAUUCACGGCCACUUUGUCCUUUGAGUACAGAUCCAAAUGACCUAUCUGUGCUCACUCCAGGUCAUUUUCUUACCCUCGCUCUUCUUUCCGACCUUCCUGAACCUGACCUAUCCAAUUUAUCCAUGAACAGAUUAUCCAGAUGGCAACUGCUAACUCGGUUACAUCAGGAUUUUUGGAAACGGUGGCAUGUUGAAUACCUAAAUACUUUGCAACAACGAACAAAAUGGUUUACACCAGCCGAUUCUCAGUUAUCUAUAGGACAACUUGUAUUGAUCAAGGAUGAACAGCAACCUCCUCGACGUUGGCGUACAGCUCGCGUGGUUGAUGUUCAUCUGGGUAAGGACGGUAUAGCACGAGUGGCUACUGUUCGCACUUCUAGCGGUAUUCUGCAAAGACCGUUGGUCAAAUUAUGUCCUCUCCCAGGACAAUCAUAAUCAUGUAUGUAAAAUAAUUCUAUUUUAGGUGGGCGGAAUGUUCGGGCAUCAUUUUUUGUUUAUGUAUGGGUUGCUUUCUAAUUUUUUCUCAUACAAUAUAUUUUUGUUAUUGUUACAAUUGAACUAUUGUAACGCCUCAUUUAUUUUCUGUUUUCCUUCCAAAUUAAAGUGUUUGUUGCGUGUAGUGUACGUACUUCGCGGUUCAUUCAAUUUUUCGCGCAUGUGUGUUGGCCAAUUUUCAUAUGAUACCUGGUGCGAAGAAGGAGGACAUAUGCUUGGAAUGUUGUUGAACCGAAGAGUGAAAAUUUCGAUCGAGCGAAUCUUAAUUAUUCUCAUCAAUUCUCAUUGUUGUGUCUUCACAAACAAGAAAAUCAGUGAAUCUGAUCUGCCAAGCCAAACUACCCAGCGAGAUCUACAAAUUCAGCUGUUAAAAGGUAGGUGGAAUUGGCCAAUAUUCGAUUUGUCAAAUUCGUUUUUCUUUCAUACAAGUCCACUAAAAUAUCGUUGCGCCUCAGUCG